UGCUCCUCAUUCGCGGUUUUUUAAUUUCUUUCCUCACUGAACUUCCAACGUCGCUCACUCGUACGUUCGAGAAGAAGACGUGGGUGAAUUCGACUAUGGCUUUUUCAACCUCAACCCCAAAGAAGCCGAAAGCAUGGAUCCCCAGCAACGGCUUCUUCUCGAAACGGUCUACGAAGGCAUCGAGGCAGCUGGAUAUGCCAUGUCGGACCUUCGAGGGUCUCCCACCGGCGUCUAUGUCGGUCAGAUGACGGACGAUUAUUACGACAUAUUGAACAAGGACGUCCAAUGCGCCCCGCAGUACACAGCCACGGGAUCGAGCAGAGCAAUUAUCGCCAACCGCGUGUCUUACUUUUUUGACUGGCGAGGCCCCUCUGUCAACAUCGACACUGCUUGUUCUUCAAGUUUGGUUGCUCUGCAUCAAGCCGUGCAAGCGCUGAGAGGCGGUGAGAUCAACUUGGCGGUGGCGGCCGGAGUCAACCUAAUUCUCGGGCCUGAGAAGUACAUCUAUGAGUCCCAACUCUCCAUGUUGUCACCGACCGGACGCUCCCGGAUGUGGGACUAUGAGGCAGAUGGCUAUGCUCGAGGCGAAGGCUUCGCGGCCGUCAUUAUCAAGCGGCUCAGCCAGGCGAUAGCGGACAACGACCACAUCGAAUGCAUCAUCAGAGAGACGGGAGUAAACCAAGACGGUCGAUCGGAAGGGCUUACCGUUCCAAGCGCCGAAGCCCAAGCCGCACUUAUUCGAUCGACUUACAGCAAGUGCGGCUUAGACUGGAGAAAGACCGAGGAUCGCUGUCAAUACUUCGAGGCACACGGGACGGGCACCCAAGCAGGCGAUCCUAAAGAAGCCCGCGCGAUUCGCGAUGCAUUCUUCCCCGAGAACAUAGGACAGGAACUGGCACAAGACACCCUGUAUGUCGGGUCUGUGAAGACCGUCAUCGGACAUCUAGAGGGGGCAGCCGGACUUGCCGGGUUGCUCAAGGCCGCCUUGGCCGUUCAGCAUGGCCAGAUCCCCCCAAACCUUCAUUUCAACCGUCUAAACCCCAAAAUCGAGCCAUUCUACGAUCAUCUCGAGGUUCCAACCAGCCUUCAAUCAUGGCCGGAGCUGCCGAAGGGUACGCCGCGGAGGGCCAGCAUCAAUUCGUUCGGUUUUGGUGGAACGAACGCCCAUGCCAUUAUCGAGAGCUGGCCUUCUUCGGGGAACUCAGACUAUGGAAGGGAUUCGAAUGUCGUCUCGAACGUCGCGGCUCACAGCAAUCAGCAGCAAUUGGGACCGUUCACACUUUCUGCAAGCUCUGACGAGGGCCUUCUGGCUGCCGUGUCAAACCUGUCUCAGGCGCUUAAGUCCGGGCCUGAUUUCAAUCUACGAGACCUGGCCUGGACCUUACAGGUUCGACGUGAGCAUUUCCCCGUUCGAUUUGCAGUCGCUGCUACCGAGAGAGAGCAGCUCAUUGAACGUUUGGACGCCGCCAGCAAGGAUCCGAAUGCUCUCUCGGUACAGUCCUCCAAAGCCAUAAGAGUAACUGACAAGUACCCGGCUCGCAUUCUGGGUGUUUUUACUGGUCAAGGUGCACAAUGGCCACGAAUGGGUUCGGAGCUUCAUAGGCAGUCAGCCUGUUUCCGAAAGUCCAUCAGUCAGCUUCAAGAGUCCUUGGAUGAUCUCCCUGAUGCCCCGUCGUGGUCCCUCCGCUCUGAGCUGUUUGCGCCUGCUGAGAGCUCUCGCGUCAAGGAGGCGGAGAUAGCGCAGCCCAUCUGCACAGCUGUACAGAUCGCCCUCGUUGACCUCUUGAGGGUGGCAGGUAUUUCUUUCCAUGGAGUCGUUGGACACUCUUCUGGAGAGAUUGCCGCUGCAUACGCCGCUGGAUACUUGACUGCUCGAGAUGCGAUCCGUAUUGCCUACUACCGCGGGUUGCAUUCCCAUCUCUCUUCUUCACCAACCGGUCAACCUGGUAAAAUGAUGGCCAUCGGGUUGUCUCUCCAGAACGCAGAAACAUUCUGCCAGCGUCCCCAGUUCCGUGGCCGCAUCUCGGUUGCUGCAAGUAAUGCCAGAUCUAGCGUCACCGUUUCAGGAGACGCUGAUGCCAUACUAGAGGCAAAACAAGUUCUUGACGCUGAAGGAGUCUUUGCACGUGCGCUUCAAGUAGACAAGGCCUAUCACUCUCAUCACAUGAAGCCUUGCUCGGGGGCCUACCUAGAAUCACUACGCGCCUGCAACAUCAAAGUCCUCCGGACCGACGUCGGCGGUGACUGCGUCUGGUAUUCAAGCGUCCACGGAUCGGCUGGACGCUACACACACGAGCCAGAGAGCUAUGCUGGGCAAUACUGGGUGGACAAUCUCGUCAAACCAGUCUUGUUUUCCCAGGCGCUGGAUAGGGCUGUUCAAGAAAGCCAACGACUUGAUCUCGUACUCGAAGUCGGCCCUCAUCCAGCUCUGCGCGGUCCGGCUAGCGAUCUGACCAAGACCCUGGCCGGCGUUGCGGUGCCAUACAGCGGUGUGCUCAAGAGGGGCGAGGACGAUUUCGCCGCUUUCUCGGAGGCUCUGGGCUUUGUAUGGAAACAUGUGCAAGUUGACUUCCAGAGCCAGCCUAUGCCCGAUUUUGAGGCAUUUGCUCGAGCCUGCGUGCCCAAUCCCGCAUCCUUUAACCCUCGAGUUUGCAAAUCUCUGCCCACCUUCCCAUGGAAUCACAGCAAGUCCCUCAUGUGGGAAUCCCGAAUAUCCAAGCUGUGGCGAGGUCGCAGGGAACCGGAACACGACUUACUUGGUCUGCCCACCGUCAGUGGCAACCGUCAAGAGGUGCAAUGGCGGAAGAUCAUGAGGGUCAGCGAGAUGGACUGGCUCCGUGGGCACAAGUUCCAAAACCAGGUCCUUUUCCCGGCAGCGGGUUACGUAUCCAUGGCUGUGGAAGCGGCGUCGUACUUGAUCCCAGAUCAACCCAACAAGACCAAGGUGAUUGAGCUGAACGACAUGAAGAUCCAUCGAGCAAUCACGCUGUCCGAACAGUCCUCCACCGGCACCGAGGUCACCUUUGUGAUCCAUACGCGCCAGCAAGAUGCAACAACCACCGUCGCCGAGUUUUCUUGCUUCAGCAUCGAAGCGGACGCUGGAGCCGAUGAGCAUAGCAACUGCAACUUCACUGGGUCGGCUACCAUCAUCGUGAGUAGUACGGCUGGUAGUGCUCUGGACGCAGCAGCCCAGGAGGCCGGAACUCUGCAGCCGCUAAGAAGUGAGCAGCGGCUUCCACUUACCGACGUGAAUCUCGACCAGUUUUACUCCAGUGUGAGUGGUAUUGGUCUUGAAUAUUCUGGGGACUUUCUGGCAAACUCCAUAUCUAGACGUCUGGGCUUCGCCACCGUUACCAUGUCCCAGAAUGACCGAACUCACUUGCUCAUCGACCCUGCGGUACUGGACACAUCUUUCCAUGGCGUAUUCUCCGCAUUCUGCUACCCGAACGACGGACGCAUGUGGACUGCCUACCUUCCGACUAGUAUUCGUCGCAUCAGGAUGAUGCCGGCCAAAGGGCGCGAGAAGCAACGACAGCAGCAAAAGCAUUUCAAUGCUGACUGUAUCUUGCGUGACGCCUCUGAUAAGAUCAUUUGUGCCGAUGUAGACAUCUACUCCUCCGCUGGUAGCCUUGAGUGUCAGCUUGAGGGCCUUACCUGCACCUCGUUUACGACACAAAGCCCGGACAAGGAUCGGAAACUCUUCUCCCGUACGGUCUGGAGAAAGGACAUCUCUUGCGGCAUUGAGAACAACAGAAUCAUCAAAGCGAGCCAUGACGAUUCAAGGCUGUACGAGGUCUUGGAGAGAACCUCAUACUUCUUCUUGAGGAGACUGAGGGAGCAGAUCUCGGAUUCGGAGAUAGAAGACAUGGCCUGGCACUAUAAAGCCUCCUUGGGAUGGGUGUUCGACCGGCUACUACCUUCCAUCGAAAACGGCCAGCAUCCCAGAGUCAAGACAGAGUGGGUAUACGACCGAGAAGAGGAUGUACAGGGCUGGCGCGAAGAGUUCGGUGAUGAAAUCAGUCUGCGCGCUGUCCACGCCAUCGGAGAGGCGUACCCUGACAUUGUGCGUGGCAACGUCCCCCCGUUGCAGAUUCUCAUGGAGGACAAUGUCUUGAACAGACUUUACAAGGACUGUAUCGGCGGGCAGACGGCCAACACCCAGGUUGGCGAGCUCGUCGGACAGCUUGCCCAUCGCUAUCCGCAGAUGAACAUCCUCGAGAUUGGUGCGGGAACAGGAGGAACCACCACCACAGCCCUGAAAUGUCUCAAGUCCAACUUCGCCUCUUACACCUAUACGGACAUCUCACCGGGUUUCUUCGAAAAGGCCGCUUCCGCCUUCUCAAGCCAUACGCACAAGAUGAUGUUCAAAACACUGGACAUCGAGCGCGAUCCGGUGGAACAGGGCUUUGAAGCGCACUCGUUCGACGUGAUUAUGGCCGCCAACGUGAUCCAUGCUACCAAGCACCUGGAGAAAACCAUCGCCAAUUGCCACGAGCUCCUUCGACCUGGCGGCCGGAUGAUCCUGUUGGAGAUUACGAGUGAGGCCUUGUGGAUCCAGACCAUCUUUUCGGCACUGCCGGGUUGGUGGCUCGGUCAAGAAGAAGGACGGAUCAACCACCCAACGGUCUCCAUCGACGAGUGGCAAGGCAUUCUGCGCCGCCAAGGCUUCUCAGGUGUCGACGUCCAGUGUCGUGAUCUUGAGGACGAGAACCGAUACACUUUCUCCGUCUUCACAACCCAGGCUUUGGAUGACAGGGUUCGGGCGCUAAGGGACCCUCUGCUCGUUGGGCCCAACCAGCCACUUGCUCCCAGGAUCGAUCACCUGGCUCUCAUCAGUCCUGACGGUGCAUCAGAAGUCGCAGCAGUCGUGAACGAGAUGAAAGACUUGCUCUCUCCGUUCGCGAGCACCGUCACUGUCUCUCAAGGACUUCAAGACCCCGCCUUGGCUGAUGGUGUUCUGCCUUUGGGUAGCACCGUCGUCUCGCUCGUCGACCUUCACGAGGCAACCUUCCGCAACAUGAACCCCGCCAAGUUCCAAAAUCUCAAGAGCAUCUUCAACAAUUCCAAGAACAUCCUAUGGGCAACUCAGGGGUGCCGCGCUGAGGACCCGUACGCCAGCAUCAUUGUCGGUCUUGGGCGGUCAGUGAUGCACGAGCUCACGCACUUGAACCUCCAAUUUGUCGACUUGGACCUUGAAACCACGGAGAAGCCUGCAGUUUUAUUGUCCAAUGUUCUGCUUCGUAUGCCUUACACGGACGAUCCGGAGUUUGAAGAUGUGGUCUGGACCAGUGAAACAGAGACUGUGAUUCAAAAUGGCGACACGUACAUCCCCAGAAUCCUUCCCGAGGAGGCGUCCAAUCAAAGGAUCAACUCCGGAAGACGCGCGGUCCAAAGCGAAGUAGAUCCCUCGCGCCAACCGGUCACGUUGAGGAGGGAGUCGCCCAGUGGCGUUUGCUGGCUAGAGCAGACCUCCACCAUCGUUGAGGCUGGCAGUGAUGUCUCUUCCCAAUGGGUUGAAGUACGGGUUCAGGUGUGCUCUCUCUUCCCAGUGGUCACAAAAGACGGCCAGCAGCAUUUCGUCUCUUUCGGUAAGGUCCUCGAGUCGGGACAAACGGUUCUCGCCUUGACUCCCAUCAACUGUUCCGUUAUCAGAGUUUCAUCCGACAACAUCAUAACACUUCCUCAAGCAUCAAGCAAUCUUUCCUCUCCCCAGGCAUCGCUCCGGGCAGCUCUUGCUCGUAUCAUUUGCGAAAGUCUCGUCAAGCCUCUGGCAAAGGUCAAGGGCACAGUCUGGCUGCACGUUGCCGAGGCGUCAGUUGCUGGAAUUGCUUUCGAAAUAGCAUCCGCUCAUGGCCUUGAUCUAUUUUGGACUGCCUCUAGUACUCUUAACGCUCGAUCACAUGGACUAGGAGGCAGAUCUGCUCGGGUUCUCCGCCCUUUCAUCACAGAACGAGAGCUUCGUUCCCAGGUUCCAAGGCAUGUUCUAUGUCUUCUGACACUCGGAGAGGAAGCAAUCGCUGGAUUUCAUCAGCGGUUAGCUUCCAAUCUGGACAAUACUGCCGAGGUUUGUCACCUCACUAGCCAGACUAACCGCCAUGGCCAUCUCAAAGUGUCGCUCAGCUUCGAGGAGGUACGAGAAGUUCUCAAAGGCGCAGCCAAAUCCCUGGCGAACGAGUCCAGCAUUACUACCAGCACCGUCCCUUCUGCGAUACCAGUUGACAAGCUGCCCACGAGUCGCACAACAGCGCCUCACAACUCGGAGCCCCUGGAGACGGUCGACUGGGAGUGCGUAGAGAAAGCCGUGGCCGUUGUCAAGCCCCUUGACACCAGCAACCUGUUCUCCAACGACAAGACAUACUUCCUCGUGGGUCUGACGGGAGAGCUCGGUCUCGGUCUAUGCAACUGGAUGAUUGACAACGGCGCACGACACCUGGCGAUUUCCAGUCGAAAGCCGAGCAUCGACCCAAGCUUUCUCAACGACUGGGCGAACAAGGGUGCCAACGUUCGAGUGUUUGCGCUCGACAUCACCGAUGAAACAAUGCUCCGCGACGUUCAUCGGCAGAUUGUCGAGACGAUGCCACCCGUCGGCGGUGUCAUGAACGGUGCCAUGGUGCUUCGAGACAGGCCCUUCAGCGCCAUGACCUUGGAAGAUUUUGAUGUCGCCCUGAACCCCAAGGUACGCGGCAGCGAGUAUCUCGACAAACUCUUCUACUCCGAUCCUCUCGAGUUCUUCAUCCUCUUCUCGUCUCUAUCUCGCGUGAUCGGCAACCCCGGACAGUCCAACUAUGCCGGCGCAAACAUGUUCAUGGCCAGCCUAGCAUCUCAGCGUAGAGCACGCGGCGUGUCCGCUUCCGUCAUCGACAUCGCCAUGCUUGUCGGCUUCGGGUGGAUGUGGCGCAACGCAGGCGAGAUUCUGGAAGCCCAAAUGAAGGCUGCCGCAUACAUGUCAAUCUCCGAGCCCGAGUUCCACACCAUCAUGGCGGAGGCGAUCGAAGCCGGUCGGGCUGACAAGGGCCUCCAUCCGGAGCUGCACACAGGUCUCGCCAUGUCCAACACGGCGAGCUGGAAGCGGUUUCCGCGAUUCUCUCACUUCGUGCCCUCCGAGAGCCAAGCCACCACCUCGACAGGUGUCGGCUCCGAGCCAGACAAGAACGUGUCUCAGCACAUUGCCGAUGCGAAGAGCGAUGAGGAGGUCCUGACUACGAUUGAGACGGCCUUCUCACGCAAGCUCAGUGCAGUGUUGCAGCUCGCCGACACUGGCUCUCCCAUGGACCCCAAGACGGCACUGCUCUCGCUGGGCAUUGAUUCCUUGGUUGCAGUAGAGUUGCGUUCGUGGUUCCUCAAGGAGCUUGCUGUUGACGUGCCAACCCUGAGAAUUCUCAGCGAUGCCACCAUUGCCGAUAUCAGCUUUGAGGUGAAGUCCAAACUCAACAUCUCUCUCGGCAAACAGGAGUCGGCUUCUACAAAGGCCGAGAUCCAUAAGAACACAGAGGAGCCGGCCGCAGCUCGGCGACCCGAUACACCGCAAAUCACCCCCGAGCGUGACGAGUCGCCCUCUACUUCACGCUCCGAGGCCUCAUCCGAUGUUGAAGCUAAUAACGAGUCAUGGCCUGACAGCCCAGAUUCUCCGAAUAGCACCACCGCCCCGUCUGUCGUUGGGCCAUCGGCAGAUGGCAAUGCGGCUCAGCAGACGGCUCAAGAUUGCUCAAGCCCCUCGGACGCCGACAACUACGAGCGCACGGGGCCCAUGUCUCACUCCCAGGAGGCUCUCUAUUUCCUCCAUGAGUAUCUCACCGACAAAUCCAGCCAAAACGUCUUGUUUUACGGGAGAUAUUCACAUCACCUGAACAUUGCCCGGUUUGAAGGCGCCCUGGAGCAUGUCGCCAGGCGUCACGAGGCACUUCGUAGCGCGUACUUUGUUGACCUCAGCACUCAGCAAGCCGUCCAGGCUGUGGGCGUCGACUCUAAGAUUCAGGUUGUGCACAAACAGAUCGACAACGAAGCGGAUGUCGAGGCCCAUGUGCAACGGCUGCGCCAGCACGUUUUCGACAUUACAAGGGGAAAGCUGAUGCUUGUGGUGGUGCUCUCAAUGCAGCCCGGCCUGCAGUACAUCGUCUUCGUCCAUCACCACAUCGUCAUGGACGCUCAAGCUACAGUCGUGUUCCUUACUGAGCUGGCCAUGGCCUACGCCGGGCACCCUCUCAGCAUGCCCCCUCCACAGGCCAUCGACGUGUCUACCAAGAUGAGGGAGAAAUGUGUUCCGGACAAAUUGGCAGAGAAGCUCUCUUACUGGAAGAAGGUCCACGAGCGCCCUCUAGGUCCCAUACCUCUACUUCCGUUUGCAAAGACUCGGAGCCGCAAACCACUUUCCGACUAUGACCUUGAGACCUUCGACAUGAGAAUCGAGGCCGAUCUAUGCUCCCUGAUCCGGAGCAAGUCUUCCGAACUCCGUAUCACUCCUUUUCACUUCUACGUUGCCGUCUUCCAUGCUCUUCUCGCACGCUGUCUUGGUACGAGCGACGACAUUAACAUCGGCAUCGUCGAUUCCAAUCGAGGCCCGGAUGCGGAUGACGCGCAGGCCCUGGGCAGUUAUGUCAACGUGUUGCCACUACGAUCCAAGCUCCAGGAGGACGAGAGCUUCAGCCAAGUCGCCCAGCGCACGCGGGACUCCGUCCUCAAGGCCCUAUCCAACGCCGGUGUUCCAUUCGAGGUGCUGCUGGAUCAGCUCAAGGUGUCUCGCUACAGUACUCAUCAUCCGCUGUUCCAGGUUCUAUUCAACUACCGACUUGGAAUCCCCUCAACCACUCCCUUGGGUGAUGGGGUCAUCGAAUGGACCGGCGCGGUGCCUUCAAAGAACUCGUACGACCUGGCGAUCGACGUUUCAGAUACUCCUCGUGGCGCCUGCAUCCUGUCCUUCACCACACAACGGUACAUGUACAGCGCGGCCGAUACCAAGAUGCUGAUGAAGUGGUACACACACAUGUUGAAGUCGUUUGCGCACGAUUCGUCUGUCCGGGUCAGCACUUGUUCGCUCGCUGAUCCGCACGAGAUGCGCAAGGCUGCUGCUCUGGGUCAUGGGCCGACAGGCAAGUUUCCUUUUCCUUUCCCAAACAAAAGCUAGCACGUGACACACAUAUACUGACACUCUCCAGUCGAUAUCGAAUGGGAGGGUACUGUCAUAGACCAGGUUGCAAGAAGCGCAGCACAGUUUCCAGAUUCGAUCGCCAUCAAGGACGAUGACGGCAACGAGGUCUCAUACUCCGACAUGGUCAAGACAACCAACCAGAUCUGUCGAGGUCUCCAAGCCAGCAAGAUUCAGCUGGGGUCCAGGGUUGCCGUUCUGCUAACUCCCGACGUUUGGUCCAUCUGCACUCUUCUUGCCGUUCUCCAGCAAGGCCUGGUUUGGGUGCCGCUUGAUCCACGCAAUGCUCGACAGAGGCUCGCGGCUAUGCUUAUUGAUUGCAAGCCCCGUCACGUCAUUCACUCCGAUGCGACCGGCGUUCUCGCGGAAGAUCUGAUAGCAGCUGCCCGUCCGGAGAAUCCAGAGCUU